UCUGAGAAAUCUUAUUUUGGAGACUUAGUCCUUCAGCUGUUCUAAAUGGGACAAAAGACCUGUGCCCUCAGAGCAUACUUGCAAGUGACUUAGUUUCUAAGAAAUAUUUCCGGUAUGUACUUGAGUCUAAAGAUUUAUGAGUUUAAAAGCCGUGUGCUGAGUGCUCCAAGUUACACUCUUGGAGGCAAAAUAGUCAAAUGAUAGUCAAAAAAGACUUUAACACUGAUCUUGUAAGGGGAGAAAAUCGCAUGUUUAAAAACCCUCCAGAUCCUAAUGUGGAAACAGUGAUGCGGAAUAGGAAAGAAUACAGACUUGCAGACAGAUUGACAUCCUGUAGCUCUGAGCAUUCAUAUUACAACUGUAGGCCACUGCAGAACACAGGAUUCCUGAAGAAGGUGAAUUAUCCCACCUCUGGUAUGGUUCCUUGCCUGGAAGUACCCCUCUCUCACACUGACUGGCUGUGGAAUCGCAGGGCUCCUACCCCAGGGUGUCCCACCACAGCCUGUGGGUCAGAGCAGUGACUCCCCUUUCCUGGUGUGAGAUCCAGCCUGUGCUCAGGCCACGUGCUCCAGCUGGGCUUGAGGGUCUCUUUCUGAGUAUCUCUGCUUCCAAGGGGUGGGUGGAGGGCAUGAGGGGUGGAAGCACUGCAGCCUGCACAGAGCAGUGGCAAUGCAGCUGAAGGCUGUGACAGCCCCUUCUUCCCUCCAUCACUUUGUGUCCCUAAGUACACACUGACACCUUCUUUCCUUGCCAAACCCCUUCCAACCUGUCCUCUGUAAUCUCUUCAGGACAGAGGUAUUAUCCUUUCAACUGUAGGGCACUUCUGCUCACCCAGGGUGCUGUGACAGCUCAGUCUUUGUACGUGGCUUAACACGCUGGAGUCCUGAUUGUGACACUGGCCCUUGGGAGCUACCAUGUGACAAACUGCACUCAAACAAGGAGAGCUGUUCCCAGCUAGCCAGGGAAGAUGGGCAAUUUCUCAUCAGGAUUGUAAUGGCAAACCAAGGUAUGAAGGAUUGCCAGGAAGCUUUACUUGGGAAUAGUCUGCAGAGCAAAACUAAUUUGCAAAGUAUAUUUGGCAAAUAGGGAUAACCACACCUCUGAGAAAAUGAGGUUGUCUGUACACAAUAAUAUGAUCAGCAAAAGAGGAAUGAUUUAUCAGGUAUAUUAUUCACUCUGAAUUGUUUACUGAUCUCGAGCCAAGGGGCAGAUACCUCAGGGGUUUAUUAUCAGUACAUCACUGCUGUGACUGGCGCCCAGUACUGAGGGAUCAUACAGUCCUGUGGAGGACAAGUGGGAGAUAAUUGAAUACAUAAAUUCUAGUCUCCAGAGUCUGUGAAACUAGUGCUGUUGGCUUGCAGGGCUUUUUUGUUGGCUGACUGAUGGUAAAACUUAGGGAGCUGACAAAAGUUGAAACCAAAUCUACUUGAGAACUUGUCCCCAGCUGCUCAAGAUGUAGAUUGCUGGUAAACCCGUAGAUAUCUUUUGGGUAAUCUCCCCAUCAGAUUCCCUGGACCUGAAGAAUCUUUUCUGAAGUUGUAGAACAGAGGUGUUAAACCUGUGAUUUCCCAGACUAAAGUGUCUGUGAAUGGUAACUAGGAAAAUGAAGGCUCUUGUCAUUAAAUUUAAAGUCACUAAAAAGAUAUCUGCUUCUCAGCAGAGACACUUGAAGUGGUACAGAUUAGAAGAGGCUGAAAAUCACCCUCUGCAGCAUUUAUUAACAGAAUCUUCGACUUUGUUCUUGUCCUUUCAAGUAUUUCCUUAUUGCUCAGAGGCAAGAAACAAAGUGUCUUUGAACCCAAGUUGUUAUCUGUAAAAGGGAUAGGAUAGUCUUACUUUCCAGGAGGGCUGACUGAAUAAAUGCUCUAAAGAUGGUUUAUACCUCAAUACUGUGGGGAUAGAAAAGCAAAAUCUAAACCAGACAGCUGUCUAAUGCAGAUACUCUGUCUCCUUGGGGGUAAAAAAAAGCUGUAGACCAGAACUAAACCCUGCAUUUUACUUAUCUAAUGGAAUCAUGGUAGACCAACCUGUGUCCUAGAGUGACCUGGAAAUGCAGAAGUUUGUGUGUGGAAUGUAUGGAAUGGGGAGAGACUUGUAAUUAAGAGUCCUCACUUACUAUUUUUACUUCCAAAUGACUUGAAGAUUGAAAUAAAAAAUUAAAAUGCUGUGAUCAGAUCUAUUGAUUAUCAUUCCUUAGAAGGGAAGAUGGCCCCAGGACUCAGUUCUGUCUUACUUGUAUACUAUGAUUCCAUUCAAGUAAAUUUCAAUCCCUUUUUUUGAGGAAAUGGCUUUUUGGACCUGGGGAUUAUUUCUUUUGCCCAGCAGUCUUAGGAAACAAAAAGAUAGCCCACUUGUACUGGCUCUCACCAAAGUCUGAAAUCAGUUUUUAAACAAAUGGCUGAAAAAAAUCAGGCACUUUUUGAGAGUUAUCCUGCACAGAACUCUGCUUUUCAGUUUUUGGUAACAAAGAGAGUAGUGUGAGGUGUGAUCGUGUUGUGGCAGAAUCCCUUGCAUUAGCCAUAGGUUUCCCGUGGAUUGUUUUGGAAGGGAGGGGAAGAGGCUAUGAUAUGGAUGAGUGCAGUAUGUACUCAGAGUGUUGCAUUCCUUGGUUGAAGGGGAUGCUUGUAAUGAGGAUAUGGAUGUGUUUAUUCCAAAAGCCCCUAUUCAGAGUCUGGCUCGUUAAUUAGGACAAACAAUUGCUGAUUGUCAUAAACACUCACUGCCAGUAUACAGGAGAGGGCUGUGUUGGAAGAUGGCCAAAGUGAUAGGAUUAUGUUUUGAGCGUCUAAAAGAUUAUGCUGGAAAUAACUGCACCUUGUAUUUGAAACCUUGAGAGCUUCUGCACCUUCUCGGGCAGGUUAACUGGCCUCUGUGUGGGUGCAGCUGCUGUCCUGGAGGCUUUCAGGAAGGCUGGUAAAGCUGGCUGGAUUCAAAAAUCACAGUAGCUCCUCCUGGAGUAGACCAAGAAUAUUCAACUUUGGAAAGGCCGGGGUCAGUGUUCUGUGGUCUGUGCCAGCUCCUGACCUCUGCUCCAGUGUGAAGCAGACAUAGCUCCCAGCUCUGUGCCUCCUCAGAGCUCUCUUUAUAGUAUCUAGGGAAGCUGAAAAGUUACUAAAUUAUCCCAGACACAAUUCUCAGAACCAAAAUUGCUUCCACACUCAUACAUUUGUCUAAAAUUUGAUACAGUUCAGUGGGCUUUUUUUUUUCCACAUUCAAUUCCAGAACCAAAUGAAAAGGGUUAUGAAAAGUUUGAAGUAUUUCAAUAAUUGGAAAAUAGUCUCCCUAAUGGUGAGUGGUUCGAAUUUUCCUGGAGCAUUUUUGUACUUUUAUUUCUGUAAGAACUGAGUUCUGGAAACUAGUCAAGUAGUACAUGAAUAUAAAAAUCCAAGACAUAUUGAAACCAUUUUAAAGCCUGUGUUCUAUAAAUGUAGGGUUUUAAAGAAUGUGUAAAAUGGGAGUGGUUGUAAGAAAUGUUUUAAGAGAUUUAAAUUUUUUAAAAAAACCACCAAAGAACCAACCCCCCAGUAUGACUGGCAGAGAGAAAAUAGUACAUUAGGAAACAUUGCAAAAUAAUGGGACAAUCCUAAGAAAAAGGCACAACACUUGCAAAAUAACUUUAAAAGCUCUCAGUAGUGUAUUACAAAUAUUAAAUGAGUAAAUCUUGCCAUGUCCCAGAAGAGUUAUCAGAUGCACUAGCAUGGCUCCUGCUGUGGCUGUACUUGAGGAAGAACUGCUUGGAGGAAUUUGGCCCAGAGAGUGCCACGUGGGUCACAUGAGGGGUGACCCCUGCCUGUGUCUGUGUCAGUGUCUGCAGGAGAAACCCAGAGAUGUCCAUGGCUCCUAGAGCCAUGAGGCAGAGCAGUCAGCUAAUUCAUUUAUCUGCUCCUUCAGCAACAUGGUUCCAAGGCCACAGCUGAAACAAAGCUGUGUCUGCAUCUCUUCAGCCCAGCCCAGCACAAUUGGAGCAGAUUUUAAAAGCAGAACCCAGCUUGCUGUUGCUUUGAAUUCAUUAAUUCAUGCUGGGAUAUUCAACCUGUGAGCGAGCUGGGGGUACAGCGUGUGUGCCCCCCAGCAUCCUUCCAGCUGCCCCUUCCUUCUCCAGGAUUUUAGGAAGAGGUGGUAGACUGCAGUACUCUGACUUCCCUCCUUGCUGAAUGGUUUUGUGUUUGGAUGAGAGAGCAGGAGAGGAGUGAUGCUGGCUUGAGAUGAGGGUGGGCUGUGUCAGGUGUUCACCUUUCCCUCCUCCAAAGGUGCAGCUAUCCCGUGCAUGUAACUGAGCCUCAGACUGUAACUGAGGCCUCAGACAAACCAGAGCAAGGUUUGUCUGAGGCCUUGUCUGAGCAAGGCCUCAGACUGUAACCAGAGGCCUCAGACAAACCUGAGCCUCAGACAAACCAGAGCAAGCCCUGGUUGUGCUGUGGGUGUGCAGUGGGUCUGGCAGGGCUGGGCAAGGGCUGAGGCAUCGUCCCUCUCUGGCACUGAAACGUGUGUGCCUACCCAGACACUGCCAACCUGUGCUCUGGGGGUCACGGGGUGAUCCAGAGAAAGCAGGAAGAGUACUGUUGUGGGAGAAGUUCAACUACAGGUUUCUGCAGGUAAUCUGCCUUACAUUUUCCUGUUCCUAAAAUGUGCUUUUUGUAACCUGUGAAUAUGAUGCAGGAGCUGGCCUGGGCCAGUUCUGUUUAACACCCUGAAAUAUGCUGCUUCAUUACCUCUGCCAGGAAACUGUUCCUGCAUCUGGACAAAUAAAACUUGGUUUUGCUCAGCAUCUCAUUAUCUAUGCCAGAAUUUCUUACACACAGUUAUUGCCCUCAUUUAGUAACAUGUAAAGAGGUGCCAAGUGAUUUCUACAGUGUAAAUGUGCUUUCCACAGUAUGAAUUAAUACACUGAUUCAAGUGGCAUUAAUGGAAAGCAGUUUUGAACAGCUAGAUGCAUUUGAAAAUAUCUGUGAGAAAAACAAAUUUGUACAAAUUGCUCAGAGGAUCUCACCAGUGAUUAAGGGAAGACUUUCCAUGGCACAGUGGGUUCCAGAGACUGAGCCUGGGACAGGGGCUGUUGCACCACUGUACAGGUGUCCCUAAUGGGCUGCUGCUGUUACAGGUUGGUGUGUGAAUGAUGGCUUAGCCCAGCUCCACAGCUUAGAUCUGUUCCAGGAGCACUAUGUCUCCUUUGUCCUUUUUGUGCUCAUCAGGGUCCAGAAGUAUUGCUUAAUAUCAUCUCCAGAAGUAUUGCUCAAUCUUUUACUUCAAAUGAUGCAACACCAGUGGGGUGAAUACUGUUGAAUGGUUAAUCAUUACAAUAAUCAUCACUAAUCAUUAGUCCCAGCUUUAGAAGAAUUUGCAAAGGAGUUACAGAUCUUGCCAUAUCUCAAAUAGACAGCAGUUGUUCUUCCUCCCAAGCAGAGACUUCUUCAAAUGCGAUGACUCAGCAGCUACAGGAUGAAUUUGACAGCAGCGUGGAGAAUGCAGAAGCUUGGAUGAAGGCCAUCCAAGAGAGACUGAGGAUCAAUGACAACACCAAAGGACCUCGAUCUGCCCUAGAAGCCAGACUGAGAGAGACUGAGAAAAUACGUGCCCUGGAACCAGAAGGCAGCUUGAAAAUGGACUUGAUUCUUGUGAAGGCAGAUGCUGCUCUUCGCAGCAUCAGUGAGGAUAAGAAGCAUGAGGUGCUCUCUAAACUGAAAGACAUUAAAGCCUUGUGGGAAGAGACAGCCAUAUACAUUACUCAUUGCCACAGCCGCAUUGAGUGGGUCUGGCUGCACUGGAGCGAGUACCUGAAAGCCCAGAACGAGUUUUACACAUGGAUUCACAACAUGAGGGUGACCUUGGAGCCCGACAUUGAGUUGCAGCUUGGCUUAAAGGAGAAGCAGUGGCAGCUGAGCCAUGCUCAGGUUUUGCAGAAUGAUGUCCUAAAUCAGUCAGUCCUGCUGGAAAGGCUGCUGGAGGAAGCUGCUUCAUUGUUCAGCAGGAUAGGUGACCCCAGCGUUGAUGAGGAUGCUCAGAAGAAAAUGAGGGUGGAAUAUGAAGGAAUCAGGCAAGAAGCUCAGAACAGAGUGAAACUGCUUGAAACGAUAACCAAGGAACAUGAGCAGUACAGCGCCAGUGUCAACCAGUUUCAAUCGUGGCUGAAUGGUGUCACAGAGAAAUUAAACUGCUGCAUUGGAGGAGCAACCAAAUCUUCAGCAGAGGACAAGCUAAAGGCACUGAAGGAAAUUGCCAAAGACAUUAGGAGCGGUGGAAAAAAAUGGAAGCACCUUGAAAAUCAGUGUUCAGAGGUGAUUCAGAAUACCUCUCCACUUGGAUCUGCAAGACUGAAGGAUGAACUUGAAGAGCUAAGAAAAGCCUUGGAGAAGUUGAAACUGCUGAGUAGUGAGGAGGAGGAGAGAUUGCUCAAGAUCCAACAGUCUCAAAGUGCCUAUGAGUCCCAAGCCAGACAAUUAGAAGCAGACAUCCAGCAGCUGAGGAAAGAUCUGCAGAGACUGGAAAAUGACCUGGACCCUGGGGAAGGGGAAAAGACUGAAGAUGAGUUUGUAACUCUGUGGAAAAAAUGCAAUGCAACAAGAGCAGCUCUGGCUGCAGAAGAGUCAAAGAUUGAGAGGCUGAAGGCUCAGCUUAAGGAACUGCUACGGUUUUCCCAAGAUGUGCAGCCACACGCUGAGAGUGUUGUCUCUGCAAUACAGCAAUAUCAAAGUGUUAGAAGCAAGACUUCUAAAAUGAGCGCUGAUACAGAAACCCAGCUGUGGAGACUCAUCCAAAAUCCCCUGCAAAGUUUUGAACAGUGGAAGCCAUCGGUCCAGAUGCUCCUGGAGACUCCAGAGCCAGAGCUGGCUCUCAUUGAGGCUGCUCUAGCUGAAAGCUCCCAGUUCAAAGAGAAGUUGAUGACAUUACAGCUAAAGAAAGAUGCACUAAACAAUGUCCUUGGUGAGGAAAAAACAGAGUCUUUCCUUCAAGAAGUAGCUGAAGCUGCAAAGGAGAGAGAAAUUCUACACAAAAGUCUGCUGCAAAGCAAGAGCAAGCUCCAGAAUUUGAUAUUGCAACAUAAGAACUUUGAUGCUGGUUUUGCACCAUUGCAGAAGAAAUUAUCUGCCAUCAAAGCCAAAUUAGAUCUGGAGAAGGAACCACGGCCUGACCUCUUGGGUAAAAAGACACAACUCCAGAGACUCCAGAUGAUCCAAGAUGACCUGGCAGAGCUUGCAAUUCACAUGGAAGAGGUAGAGAAGCUUGUUCAGUCAAAUACCACACACAGGCAUGAAAUGAACCAACUUUCUUCUGAAUCUCAGGCCCUGAAGAGAUCACUGGAGAUGAUGAUACAGCAGAGUGAAGACCACGUUCAGAAGCACUGGGCAUAUAAUGACAAACUGUCUGACCUCCAGCAGUGGAUCUCAGUAACCAGGGAGAAGAUUGACUCCUUCCAGGAUGCUGAUGGAGAGCAGAACACCGAGGGCAGGCUGGAAGACCUGGAGAGAUUGCUGGCCGAGUUUCCAGAUAAGGAGAUCCAGCUGCACCUUGUGGAAGCUCAUGGCCAGUUGGUCAUGGAGAAUUCUUCUCCAGAGGAGACUGCCCAUGUCCAGGGAGAGCUGGAUCAGCUGAAGGAAUCAUGGAAAUCACUGAAGGAGAUGGCAACUGGCCUCCUCAAAAAGUGGGAGUUAAAUAGACCAGUGGCUGACAAGAAGAAGAAAAGAGCAUUUGUGGACAGCAGAUGGAUGUCUAGACCUGCUUUCCAUCUUUUUGAUGUUGAUCCCAACCAUAAGCAGGAGAAGAUGGGAGAAGGGCAAAGUGCAAGCAGCCACUUAAAGCUCCUACAUGACUUUGAAGAGUGGCUACGAGGAGAAAACACCAAACUGACCAAAAUUCUUGCUGGGACUCCAUCUUCUGCAGAGGAAAUUAAGGCACACCAGAGCAAACUUGAGGAGCUGCAGUCUCGUGUGCCUCAUGGCCAGCAUCUCUUUGAGGACCUCCUUCAUCUUCACCCUGUAGUGGGAGGUUCUGAAGACCUGGAGGACCUGCGCUACCGAUGGAUGCUCUACAAAUCCAGGCUGAGAGAGGCCCUGAGCUCACCAAGUGCUGGAUCUUUGGAGGAACCAGACAGAUUCAGAAAGAAGCGCUCCGGAGGCGUGUGCUCGUACCUGCGUCGCGUGUGCCGGGCAGCGCUGCCCCUGCAGCUGCUGCUGCUGCUGCUGCUGCUCCUGGCCUUCCUGCUGCCCCUGGCAGAGGAGACCCACAGCUGCACCCUGGCCAACAACUUCGCUCGCUCCUUCAAGCUGAUGCUGCGAUACGAGGGCCCGCCUCCGACAUAACUCCUGGGCACGGCACGAGGUGACGGCAGAAGGGCAGACUCUGUUUUUAACUGCAGCUAACGUAGAUUUUAGGGCUUCUAGCACGGCUAUCAUGCCAACGGGAUAGAUCACAUAAUGCAACAUAAGAUUAAUCCACUUUAAUCAGGUAUUUGAGUAAAAUUAAUAUUUUUACAGGUUUUUUUAUUAUUGUAUUUAUAAUAUGUAUAUAGAGAUUGUCUAUGUGUAUGUAUGUACAUAUAUAUAUAUAAAAAAAUACAUACCUGUGGUCAAACAAGCAACCACCAUCCACUCAUCCACUGUUUAAAGAUAAUUCUGCAAUGUUUCUGCCAUCUUUCAGCAAGCAAUGCUAAAGGAUGGUGUUGUGGGAUUUUCUGGGUGAUUUUUAAUGUCUGGGUCAUUUUUAAUGUUCUGGUUUACAACUGAAGUCAGAGCAAGUAUGAGAACAUGUGGUCAUGCACCAGAGUGUAAACUGGAGAGCAGGCACAGUAGAAUCAUGAGUGGUUGACAUUCAGCCCAAGGAAGAUUUGGACUUUUCUCUUUGAAAUCUUGAGCUGAUUUUUCAGUAUCUGGAUACAGGGAUUGCAGAAGCUAAUAGAAAUGUUUCUACUGACUUCAGUAGGAGUGGGAGUGGACCUCCUCUUGUUCUUAUUUUUUACAAGAUUUAUUUUCCAAUUACUGUAUUCUCCAGCCCACCUGAAUCAGGAGAGGUGGAAUACAGUGGGAAUAAAGCUAGGAAAAAAGAAAAAAAGAAUAUAUUUUUUUAGUAUCUCUCUAGCAGGAGAACUUUUAAAAUCAGGUCAUAAUUUUCUGAACAAAUUUGUGAGCAGUGAACAAAACCUUGUAUCACCAAUCUUGUCUGUAAAAAAGAGUAGAGUUUUUUUUUUUAGAUUUUUGUGUUUGUGGGGUUUUGUGGUUUGGUUUGUUGGGAUUUUUACUUUAUAAAGAGGCAUUUGGUAACGGAUUAUAAAGCCUGAACAGUGGGAUGCAGCCUGGCUCAGUGUCAGUAAAGCAAAAGUUGGAAGUACUUUAAUAAUACCACCCUGGAAUGAAGAUUCCUACCUAGGAUUCUUUUGUAUUAAUGGUUUAUUGAAAUUGUGUAAAUUGAUUGUGUCAAAGACAGCCAAGCAUAGAUUUCUAUGUAAUCUAAACUCUAAAAUUAUGGCAACUUGUCAUUUAUUUACUUAACCCUAUGUCUGAUUUAUCAAAUUUUUGAAUGUACAUUAUACAUUGCCUUUAAUGUAAAAGCAGUUCUCACUUCAGAGUGAUGAAGCCAUUCUUAGUGGUGUUUUACCUAAUUGACUCUUGAGAGAAAAGGUAAUUUCUAAAAAUUUAUGCAAUUUCUGAGAGCUAUCCCUUAUUGUCUCAUGGUUUUAACUACAGUAGUAAUCAUGAAAAAAAAAACAACCAAAAAAACCCAAAACAAAACAGAAGAAACAGUUACUUUCCCUCUCCUGGCUACCUUGUAGGAGGAAUUUCUCUUCUGUGUAUCACUAUGGGGUACUUGGUGUUGUUUUCUGCAUAAGGUCUAAAAUAAUAUUGUAGCUGACAGGCUGAAGGAGGAAGGCACUUAUUAAACAAAAUCAUUAAAGUUCUGUUCAAGAAGCAAACUUGUGUAGAAUCAGGAGGCAUAACAGCAUGGAGCUCAGUUUAGGCACAGGAUUAGGAGAGCACGCAGUGUGAAAGAGGAGCAGCUAAACAUAGAGAGGAGAGGUGUCCAUCACUUUGUAAAGCCCUAGAAAAGGAGUCACAAUUAACACAGAGGACAAAAGCACAGGCUCUGUGGAGGAAAACAAUCUCAGAAUCCUUUUGGCUCUCCUUCCCUUCUACAGUAUUGGUAAUAUUGCAUAUUAAACAGCUUUUCUUCAGUUUUCAUGGUUUAAAAUGGGGCGAGUAAGAGGGCUUCUACCAGUGUUCUGAGGAGACUCUUCCACCACCAGGACUCUUGUCACUGUGUUCCUAAUGUUUCUGACUAUACUGGGUUUGCUAGGGUUGGAUUAAAAUGCCAAAAGUCUGCGAAAAAUGUAAAGAGUGGAAAUUAAAGAAGAGACAGCAGGGAUGGUGCAGGUAUCAGUCAUAGUGCAAGGGGAGCAUGGAACAGGAGCUGAGCUGAUGUGGGUUAAAAACCUGGCUGUCAGGAGGCAGCAGAAGAGCUCUCAGAGCAGGCAGAAGGGACUGGAAGCAGAAAGGUGAGGAGAGUCCAUGUAUGCUGAGCAAUAAGACAUUCACUUUAGGAAGUGAAGGGAGGCCUGUGAUUUCUUUCCUGAGGGAGCCAGAUGGAGGGGAGCUAUAAUUUGUCAGAGAAUGGGGCAUAUUAAUUCCUUCCAGAAUGGGGCAUAUUAAUUCCUUCCUUGCAGCCAUUCUUUCCAGUGGCAGAGGACACCUCCUCCUCUCCUGAUUAGCUGUGCAAGUGCCGUGCACAUUCCUCUAAAAAUUGCUGCUAGCCCUGGGGGAAGAAACCCCUGUGGCUGCCCAGCAGGGAGUUAAUCAUCACACACAUCUCCACGUCAAAUUCAAUCUUCCUUUAGAAAAGAAGUGUGGGGGAAAAGGGGCAGUAACAAAACCUGCUCUGUGUGGUUAUGGAUGUGUGUAGGUGUGCACACACCUUUCUGUGAUGUAGCUACAUUUGCUGAUCUGGUCCAAGUGAUGAAAGUAAAAUACCAGUGAGAAAGUAAAAAUAAUGAAGAAUAAUAAAGCUGCAAAUGGAAGUCAGUAGGGAGAUAGAAAAGUUUUUUCUAUGAAAGCCCAAAAUCUUGCAUCAGAUUUCUUUCUGCCAAGCCUUUCUGAUCUGGGUGAUUUUAUGGGUUCACAAAUGUAUUUGACACCAUGGGAGUGUGUAACAGGGAGAAAAAAAUUCUGCACAGGAGAUCUUACAAGAACAAUUGCAUCAUCACCUUGAUGUUUCAGUGUGGUGGCAGGUUAAAAAAAAAAGAACCAAACAACUAAAUUAGAAACACACUUUUGCUUCUGGGUUUGCAAUCAGUUUAUUCUGUAAGUCCCCUGUCUGUAAUCUUGGAAAGUUUUGCUUUAAAUCUCAGUCAAUCCAUUGUCAUUAACUUAAAUAAUCUGAAUAUCUCACAGAAGUGAUAAAUAUUUCUACUUCUUUGCAAUGAAAACUAUCCAAAGCACAGGACUUAAAUGUUCAUAUCACUGAAAACAAUUUAAGUCUUCCAUAAUGUCAUUUACCUCACCUGUCCAAGGCCGGUGUGAGAUUUUUCUGACAAAGAAAGAAAUAAGAAAAUCACAAAAGUAAGCUUGACAUGUAAAUGCAAAAUUUACUUUCUUUUUUAUUCUCUUGUGGUUCUUUUUGUUUCUGAAAAGCUUGCAGUACUGAUUCCUGGAAGUGUGUGUAAAUAUUAAUCAAGUCAGUAAUUGGAAUAAUGAGUCCACCUUCCAGGAAACUGUAUAAAGAUCAGAUUCCUCAAAACACAAACUAAAUCCAAAGGAUUUAUUUUUUAAGGACUGGUUUCCAAACCAGUCCUUAAAAUCUUGAGCACAGUUCCUCAUCUUUGCUUACAGAUGAUUUGGUGGUUAUACGCUCACUUUUGUGCCUAUAAAAUCCCCAGCUCAUACAUCUCUGACAUCCAGAUGUAACUGAGAUGUGUUAUAGCUCAGGUUCACACUGGGGCCACUGCCUUAAGCCUUCCCUUGCCAAAACAUGGGAUGCACAGAACCCUGGAUGUGUCUGCAGCUGAGGACUUUCACUAUUUUGCCCCGAUAUAGUUGCAGCCACAGUCAAAGGGUGCUAAAAGCCUCUGAAACAUAUGGAGUAUGUUUGAGGUUGUGAGUGGUUUGUGUACCUGGCCUGCACUCCCUGCAGACACCCAGCCUGUUGCAGAGCUCUGUCCUAGCUCCUGCCUGCACUGUGGGACCCUGGAGCUGCUUGGCCACAUUAAUGACCCUGCAGUGCUGAAGGCAAAAUACUGCACGCCACUGUCCAUGCCUUACAGUAAGGCAUUACCCAAAGGCACGCUCCAAACCCAACCUUUGGCAUGAAAGCAAGCCUCAUUUGUAAACUGUAAUUGAUUUUGAAGCCUGAUGCUUUCCAGAGAAUUUUCCAUGGCAGCAAUACAUUGAGGUAGAAAAUUGCUGUUGUGCCCCAUGUCUAUUAACAGCCCUUUCUCUGAUUCCAGCCAGCACUUUAAAUGGUAUUAAAUAUUAUUUAUAUAUGCCCUCUCCAGAAAUCCCUGUAUGAAAAACAUCUUCAGUUCUAAGCACGUACAUUAAAAAUGUUGUAUUCCUCUUCUAGCACUCAAUCUCCAGAGCUGUUGUGAUUUCUACCAAGUGCUACUUAACUUGUGCUGACUGAGAGCCUUAGAAAACUCAAAUAUUUGAGGCUGUAAAUAAAGCUACUAGGCUAACUAAAAAAAAAAACACUUAGUGGUCACUGAAUAAUUUGGACAGCUUUUAGAAUAGCUUUUCGUUUCUCCUUAAUCCAUUUGUUUGGACUAUGUGUGGACCUUGGAGAGAAGAAAUGUCUCCAAAAAUUGGCCAUUCCUAGACAGACAGAUGGUGAUCUCUGCAUAUCAGAAGAAAUAGUAAUUUCUCUUUAGCUGCUCUAGACCUCAGGAGUUUGCUACAUCUGAUCUUCUUUCCAAUAUUAAAUAGGGAAUGUUUCACUUUGAUGUGUGUGCAUACACAUCUCAUUAGCACUAAAGAGAUUUGAAGAGUGAGUUCAUGUACAAUAAUUCUUUUAACUUCUGUCGACACAAGAGAGUUCAUUGUCCUCUUUUCUUUAGGAAAAAAAUAACCAAAACUGCUGUGUGACAGAGAUUCCCAGGCCAAACAAAGCCUUUUGGAAUAACUGAAUAUUACAGACUGAAACUAAAUUAUCCACCAUAGGAAACUGGAAAAAUAGUUUUGCCUUUCAGGAAAUGCUGGUAUAAAACCCCCAAUAAACAUGUCUUUGCCAGGCAUCAUAGAUGUCUUUCAAGUCAUAGGUUAUGUACCCAGCUGGCUGUAAGGGCUGCUUUUGGAGAGUUUACUACCCCAUGGACAGUAGGAUUUGCUAGGGUGCAGCUGAAAACACAUUUGUCCAGAGAACCUAUACCAACUUCUUCCAGAAUUGCUGGGGGCUAUUGAGGAUGUUCCUAGCAGCUCCCAGACCACUGACCUGCUCUGAGCCAUUACAAGUUUAUUGCAUUAAUUUAUCUUGGCAAGUCUCAGAAACCAGUUUAUUAAAAUACUAAAGAUAAUAUUUCUGGUGCAGGCAACAUGAUUCAUUGAGAAAUCAGUCUUAUUACUUUUGCCCUAUUUAAAAAAAGAUAUCUAUUGGUUAUACUGGAAUAUAAACAGGUUAGUUGUAGGUUUUGGGUAACUACAGGAUGUUUUAGGCAUGAGGCAUUUUGACUUGUACAUGUCCAUUGUGGGAUCAUGUUACACUUGUUAAAUGGUAAAACAAAGAUUCUUGAAUUAAAAAAACAAACAAACAAAAAACCACCAAAAACGGGAGGGAAUAAUUUGUCACACAGUUGGUUUUUUUAUUAUCUCUUUUCUAUCCAAUUUAAAACAUGACUAUGUGACUACCAGAGAGUUAUCAAGUAGAUCUGGAAAACAAGGAAUAUACAUCAGAGUUCAAACUGUAACCUAGGUGGCACUUCAGUUCCCUAACCUGCUUCAGCAAAUGCCAGAUUUUACCUCUCUGUACCUGUGAGAUAAGAACCCUCCUCCUAGUAAAGUGUGGGUAAGGUGAAACUGCACAGCUCAAGGUGCAGCAUCCCAGUGGAAGCAGUUCUUCCAAGGCCAGCCUGAUAUCUCCAUGCAAGAGGAACUCAUAGGUCUGGCAUAAUGAGAGCAGUCCAGGACUAAUGACACAGGCACAAGGGCUUUGCCAUCCUGCUCUGCCAGACAGAAUUUUGACAGUGGCCGUCAGCACAGUUCAGUUUCAUGUCCCUGACUGUGGAAGGAGGCUCCCUCAGGGUGAUUCACUCAAGCUGAGAUUUGAGCCCUGGAAGUGUUUUUUUCUCUUCAUUAAAUACAGAAGAAACUGCUAAAUUAAACCCCCACAGUGACAGGUUAAUGGUAGGUGGUGGGUGCUGAUGCUCCAGGAAAAGAUACAGGAAAUGCUGUUAUAGAUGGAAAGCUAGUCAUGAUGGUCUCUGUUCAAUCCUCAGGAGGCAGAGAUGCAUUGUGGAACUGAGGUGGGACUUUUUCUGUUCCUUUUCAAGUAAAUGUCAGGUUGUCUUUAGUCUUCUGGAUUUUGGGAGCAAGCCUAUUCAAUGCCUUACUGAAUGCUAGUGGCUUUCUGGCUUCAGAGCCAUUUACACCAGCGAGUUCCACAUUAUUCCAAGUCGUGUGGUGAAGGUAUUGCCCUGAACUGGUUUUGCAUCAGAAACCUUUUGUUUGAGGAGUGGGGAUGGUUUGAUUUUCCUUCUUUUGGCCACUUUGUGUUAAAUCCAAGGAAGCAGAAAUACCAGCACUACCCUUUCCAGGCCACGUUUUAUCUUUCCUUCUUUUAUGAGAGCAGAGAAGAUUUGACUUUGCUUCCUUUCCAAAGUAAAUUAUCCCAGUAUUUUAUUCUUCUUUUCCUGUUGCAGUUCUUCCACAGCCUAGGCCAUUCCUAUCACCUUAAGUGUUUCCAGUGGCUGUUCCUCCUCAAUACCUAGAGCAAAAAAUCUGGUCCAGUUUCAAUAAGUUUAAAAUCCAAUAAUUUCUUCUCCCAUUGCAGUUCCUCCUGCAGAUGCUCUGUCUGUUUCUGCAGUCCCCUGUGUCAAACCAGCCUUCAUAACUAUCUGGGGGGACUCCAGUCCUGGCCAGUCAUUUCUUCCAAGUCUCCUGGCCAUGUCCUGCCCACAUCUGCCUUCAGUUUUGGCUCAGGGACCGCCCUUAAUAGUCACAUCUGCAGACAGGAGUGUGAGGGUGUCACUUAACAAACAAUUAUUAAUAAUGAAAGCUGUGCUAUUAACAUUGUUCAUAACCUGCCCAGAGCCUUUUUCUCUUCUCCUCUCUAAGCAGGUUUUGAUGUGUAAUCCAAUUUCUGUGUGCAGAAAAUUGCCCCUCAGUCAGCACAGAGGGCUGGUGGUUCAGCUGCAGCUCUGUUACCCUCGCAUUGUCACUGCUGGGGUAAGAGCUCCCAGGUGCUGCUCAGCCAGGGUCUGUGCCCUUCAGCUGCCAGGAGUGUUCCACUGUCAUUGUUAUACACCCUAAAUAAGCCAGAACCCCUUUUUCUGACCUGGAAAAGAAAAAAAAAAAAGAAAGAAAACGAAAAUGAUCGCUUUUAACAAACUGAUUUCACAACUCAUUUAUCAAGCCCUAUAGCAAGCCAUUUAUUUUAGCUCCUUUUGGCUCCAUGAAAAGCUGUGUGUUAAAAGGGAGAGGUGAGUUUGGAGAGCGGUGCCACUGCCCUCAGCAGCACUUUGUUGGGAGGCCUCCCUCUGGAACUCAGGGGUAGGAGCUGUUAUUUCUCCUGAAGUGAUUCCCACCUAAAUCAAAUUAUUUCUUUUGUCAAGUCUAAUAAGCACUGAACACCAUAGACUUUGUUUCACUACGGAUAUGAAUGAAUGCCUCUGUAUGGUACUUUCUGUUGCCAUGAAAUAUAUAUAUGUAUGUAUAUAUGUGUGUGUAUGUAUAUACAUAUAUAUAUAUAUAUAUGUAAUGGGGAGUGUAAUUAUUGCUCUACUCAAAGAAAGGUGACAUUCCACUUCAAUGUAACUUUUAAGUGCAGCUUUUAAGAGAAACCGUGUCUUAAAGGGAAGCUGGAAGAGUUUAGAGGUACAGGUUGUAAUGAGCUUUGAUGAGACUUAAUAAGCUUUGAGUUUGGGUUUCAGUCUUUAGGGUGAAAAGCACCCAAGAUGAUUUUUCCAUCACAUUCCCAGAUCAAACCCUGUAAGAAUUUAACCUGGGAGGCAUUGCUUGAACACUGGCUGCUCCUGAAGGUGUUUGCAUGUGCUAUGUAUGUGUCUGUCCUCAGACUCCAGCCUCCAUUUUGUACAUGAGCUCGAUUGGAAGGCAAAACACACACCUUUGUCUUGCUCCAAGAUCCUGAUGGUAAUUUUUGCCUCAGUAGAUGUUUUCUCUUUGAUCAGUGUGACUCUUUCAACUUUUUUUCCCUUUUAAUUUGUGUUAACUGAGUUUAUCGGGUGAUUCCCCGAGGAGGAGGAGGGCACACUCCAUCUGCCCAGCCUCAGAGCUUCCUUUCAGCAGCAUGCCUUCUUCUCAUUUGUUUACUUGACUGUACUGGACCACUGUGAAGCAAUUACACAAGCAAUAAUGCAGGUGUUGCAUUUUUCUGUCAUUGCCUUUUGUGAGACAUAACUCUUCAUUGACACUGAAAAGUGGUAGGAGACCCAGAAGCUGCAUUGUUGUUUACUGGCAAUAUAACCCAUGUCCAGAGCUCCUGCAGAGGUCCUCCCUCCUCAGAGCAGAGGGCUGUCUUGGGCCCAAUUUAAUUCAUAAGCCUGGAUUUUAAACAGUUUUUGAUCCCUUCACCAACACUCCAUCAAUCUUGCUUCCAUCAGUUUUUGUGCUUUUGUUUAGUUUCAAGCUAGAAGAAAGUUUAAUGUGCUAAGACUCCCAUAUAGGGUGAGUAAAUAUGCCAUCUAUUUCACAAAAAUUACAACAAAAUGAAGGGAUUUGCGCUCACAUUGAACAGAAUUAAAAAGUUCUAACUGAUAAAUUAAAUAGUUAUUAAGAACAGCCUGGAGCAAAGUUUCUGCAAUCAAACUGUUCUCUGCUUUUAAUUUAAAAAUCAGCAAAUACUGAGGUACAUUUUGCUGCCUUCUUUUAGAAGUGACCUGAAACUAAAAUGUGAAUUCUCCUUAAGGAGGUUUAUUGAUGUGAAUCUAAAUUUCACCAGCAUGUCCUGUGUUAGAUCACCUGCCUGUGGGCACAGGGAAAACCAGAGGCUGUUCACAAGAGAAACCCAUAUUAUGAAUGGUUUUAAAAUUCUUCAGAGCUCCUAUCCACUUCCAAAUGUCAGUAUUGGGGAGGAUCCGAAACCUUCCUGUGAACCCUGUCAUUUUGCAUGUUGAAAUCCUGGCUUGAAUUCAGGUCUCCACUUCAGCUUUUGUAAAUGUUAAUAUUCAAGUAGAACAAAAACCUUCGAGGCAAUUACAGCAUGAACAUCUCUUCUAGUUUAUGUAUAGUAGCUGAUAGCAAAGUCUGCAAUAAUAAUCUGUGUUUAUACAUGUGCUGUACAAUGUAACAGUUAGGUACAAAAUGCCUUUUAACUGUCACAAGAAACUGACUGGAUUGAUGUCACUUUUUGCUUGUAUGAAUAUAAUUACUUGCCUUGCGGGGACCAGUUCCACUUUUGUCAUGUUAUUUACGAUUUUUGAACAAAAUUGUGAUAAAUUAGGCUCGUUUCUAAGAUAAACAAUGCUGGAGCCAAGCAGCUGUCUCUGGACAUGUGCAUGUUAUCACAGCUGAUAUCAAGCCCAAGUCCGACUCCUUGCUUUGCUAGGACCUUUCUUUAACCUUUCAGGCUUAUUCAGGGAAAUGUGGACCACUCUAUUUUCUUAUUAAAAAUAUGGCUUUGUGAAAAGCUGAAUUUAUUUUUUAAAUCCUUUCUUUUCUGGUUCAGAAAGACUGUAACAAUCAUAUUUUUCUAAACUGCCUAUUGCUUGUGUUGGGAAAUUAUAUAGAGAUAUAUAUUUUGCUCUACAGAUUUCCAUGUACUUUUGAAACUCUUUGUUUUCAUAGAUAAAUCCUCCUGUUUGCUAGAAUUAGCUCAAAAAGCUGUAAGCUUCUGUACACUGACUCUGUGAAAUUCUAUAAAAACGCAGCUGCAUCAAAAAACUGACUUUAUGUUUUAUGUAAAUUGUUGGAGCUAAGUCAUCCUGAGUGUUAUGCCACGCAAGAUGUACAAAAAGAAAUCAGGUCAUUGUUUUGAAAGGCUGGACAGUGUUAUGUCACACUGCCUCAAAGUCCCAGAUAAAAGUCCAGGACAGUUUCUGCUGGAAAUGGUACCAUUUUGGGCCCUCAGUUUGUAGUUUUUUUACACUGUUUAGAACCUUAUUUGAAGACUACUCCCAUGAAACUUCAUGGGAAAUAUUAAAAAUAAGAGUCUGUGGUGUGUGACUAGCUGUGAUAGAAUAAGGACCUUUUCUAAUGAAGAACAGGGUCUUUUAAGUAGUUAAGAGGCUGUGAUUUGAGUAUUUCAGCACAACUUUUUGUGUUCUUUUCAGAGCUAUGGACUCCUCCUGUGUAUUGUGGAUUUAUUCCAUAGCUGAAAUGCCAGAUUAAAUUGAUUUAAGCCCCAUGAGCAGAUGAACAUAAUAGAAAGCUGCAGUGAAAUAUUGCAGAAAAUGGCCUGAUUUCAUUCUUCAGAGCAAUAGUUAAAGUAACUCACAGCCUUGGCUUCUUUGCACCUGUGAAGCAGAGGCUCUUGUUGUGUACCUCAGCUGUGGUAUAACAUGGAAGGAUUUCUGCUCUCUGCUUGGAAAAUACUGUCUAUUCCUCAUUCUUGUCAAAGCAUAAUAUUUCCCAAGUAAAAAAAAAAUCUGAUUCUUCAAGACUCAUAGGGGAGUUAAGGGCCAGCUGGAACCUUCUGUGAUCCAGCCAUAUUAUUCCAAAAGUUUAUCCCUUGAUGACAAAUAAAAUAUGAUGUGACUUUGCUGUUUGCAAGUAGGAUCAAGAGACUGGAAAUUCAUCACCCCAUGCCCUUGCCUGUUCUGUGAUGCUUCAGUGUUACCAAUGAACUGUGUUGAAUUGGAUUAUAAAAUCAGAGUAUUUUAUUGCAUGUGUCCUUUUUUGAAAUGAAAAUAUAGUUGUAUUUGAUGUUGCAGUUACAGUGCAGUAAAUAAACACAUGUGCAUUUCUUUUUAAGGACUUCUAGGUUAUUUUGGGUGGUGGCUGCACAUUUUUGCUGUGCUUUUUUCAUACCAUCAGAGUAUUUGGGCUGACCCAGAAACAACCAGAACAAGUGAAGCAAGGAUAAAUUUGCUGCUUCUUGCCUCUCUGCUCAGGUAUCACUGGAAGAUGGCUGUGCUAAAUGUAGCUACUUCAUUCUAGUCCUUUGAGAUUUAACAGAAAAUGUCAGCUUUUCUGUAAGUUAUUUAAAUAGAAUUCUACUGGACCUGAAGAAAAUGUGAAUUUACUAAAUCAUGUUCUGAUUCAGGGUGAUUUCUUAUGGCAUUGGCCCCUUACACUCUCUGUGGGUUUCUCCUCAAUCCCAAAGCUGGUAAGACAAAGGGGAGUUUUUUUGUGAACCUUGGGUUUGAAGUUAACACCGAUCACAUGUAGUGAGCUAACAGUUUGUUGUGUAAGCACUGCUGAUCUCUCUGAAGAGCAAUCACUGCGGCAUGUGUGUAUGGAUGCACAACUUUCACUAGCAGGUAAUUGCUGGUUUCUUUCCUUAGUCUUUAUGAGAAAAAAUCUGCCAGUAUCCCUGAUAUCAAAGGGCUCCACAGGCAGUCAUUUCUGGACAAGUAGAAAACCACUACAAUUUUUUGGUGAACCUGUGGGUUAGGCUCCCUGUUGCCUUUAUGAACACAUGGGGCUUUAUGCAGCUCUUUGACUUCUCUCAGGCAUUUGAACCUUGUGAUCUCGUGCCUUCCUAUGAGCUGUCUCCUGCUAAGCCCCCAAAAGUACAAACGCAGACACUUAGCUGAUCACAGUUGGGUCAAGGUUGGAGCAGCAGCCCGAAUUGCUCCUAGGAGAGAGCAGGGUAAAACAAGGCCAGGGCUGUAGGAAGAGCAGAGUGUCAUGGUGGGACAGUCACAUUCCCAUUAGGGCUACAGUCGGUGCACAAAAUAAAUUUCUGGUUUUUGUUUUUUUCCU